AGAAAAGGAAUAACCAAAUCCAAAGAAAUCACAAGCCAAUCUUCAGAAGGCAUUGUAUGUUUAUAAAUCCAUCCACCCACAGCUCCCAUUUUCCCUCAGAUUUCAGAAAUACAUCGAUCAAUAUUGUGAGAGAGAGAAGUCAAAUAUAUACUAAUUACUUAAGGUAUGGCAACGGAGGGAAGGCCAUUUGCAGCAACAGCUAAUCGGGUUUAUGAAGAUAUUGAACUACCGUCAUCAGCAGAAUGGGUUCAAGACGAAGGAUAUGACACUCUCAUUGUCAAUCUACAGGGAUAUAAGAAGGAGAAUCUGAGGAUCCAAGUAACCUCAACUCGAAACAUAAGGGUGCUCGGUGAACGCCCAGUUCGUCCGGAAAACAAUGUAUGGCAGCGCUUCCGCAAAGAAAUUCAAGUUCCAUCAAACUGUGAUGUUAAUGAAACCUCUGCCAGGUUUGACAACGGCUUCCUUUACGUCAAGAUUCCGAAAACCAUAGCUCCGGUUGAGACAGCAGCACAAAAGGAUCAGAAACCACUAAAGCCAGCAACUGAAAAACCACCACCACCCGUAGAAGCAAAAAUUCCAAAGCCUCAAAAGCCCACAAGCAGCACUACCACUUAUGUACCACAACCCGCAGCAGCUUCGACUCAGGAGAUCAACAAUGCUCAAAAGACCAAUGCUGCGGCUCAAGAACAAGUACCGCCUUCAAAACCCAUUCAGGAGAACAAAACCGAUGGAUCUCUAGAGAAGGAGAAGGUAUAUGCAGCUGUUACUACUGAUCAACCAAGUAAGGUGGAUAAGAGCGGUACUACUUAUGAGGGAGCAGCUGAGACUUCUAAGAAGACAUCGAUGGAGAAAGAAAAGAGUGAUGGGUUUUCGGCAAAUGCUCAAAAUGUCGAAGAAAAAUCACCUACUACUGAAGAUGCUAAUCGCGGUAAAAUGGUUGAUCGGGAAUAUUCAACAAAGGAGGAUGCAAAACCUGAGGAGUACUGUAGUAUGAGGCCACGAGGGCGUGGUUAUUUCAGGCAGGUUGUUGAUGGGUUGGUCAUGGAGCUCAAGGAGCCAAGGAAAGUGGUAAUAAACUUGGCUGUGGCAAUUGGAUUUGUUCUAAUAAUAGGUUUAUAUGUUAAAUAUGCUAUCAAUUCCAUUGAGGAAUUCAAACGCCAAGAGCUGUAACUAAAUGUAAGACAGUACAUGUGCAUGGCACAAUAUCAUAUGCAAGAUUACAAUAUACAGCAUAAAUUCAAUAAAAAGGGCUUAAUUUGAUAUAA